AUGAUCAAGAAACUCAACAUUCUGGUGAUUGGAGGCGGAGGCGUUGGUGCGAUUGUUGCUCUGAAUCUGCAAUCCGGAUGUGAAGCAGAAGUCACUCUUGUCCUGAGAUCCAAUUAUACAGCCGUCGAAAAGCAUGGGUAUGAGAUUGAUUCUUGCGAUCAUGGCAAACUAAUUCACUGGCGACCUUGGAAAAUUGUCAACAAAAUCCCAACUGUCUCAUGCGCCAACGAUGCCUUCGACUUCGUCGUCGUAACAGCGAAAAACGUUCCAAGCAAAGAGGUCGACUUAGUCUCCCAGAUCGCACCUUCCAUCACUCCUGGAAUCACAACUAUUGUUUUGGUACAAAAUGGACUCAACAUCGAGCGUCCAUAUCUUGCUAGAUUCCCGAAAAAUAUAGUUCUAUCUGGCGUCAGCAUGAUUGGUUCUGAGGAAACAACGCCCGGUUCAAUCAAACAUACAUUCACCGACCACCUUACCAUCGGGCCUUUCCCUAACCCCAAUCUGGACAGACUCCAGGAAGCUGAAGAGGCAAAAAGAUUCAUCAGAAUCUAUUCUGCUGGUGGUAAGACUUCUUGUGAGUAUGAUGGAGUGGUCCUUUGGAGCCGAUGGAGGAAACUGGUCUACAACUCGUCUAUGAAUCCCAUAUGCGCUCUUACGGGACUAGACGCGGGUCAAAUUAGAUUGGCGGGUGACUCCAUUUAUAAUCUGGUGCAGGACGCCAUGCGUGAGAUUCAAGCUGCGGCAAAGGCUGCAGGCUAUGAGCUUCCACCCAAUAUUGUGGAGUAUAUGUCAAAUGUUGAUCGCGUCGAGGAUCACUUUGCGCCGAGUAUGCUUCAGGAUGUUAGAAAGGGCAAUUCGAUUGAGUAUGAGUAUCUUAUUGGGGAGCCAUUGAGAGAGGGCCAAAGACUUGGAGUGGCGAUGCCCGUCCUGUCUACAUUAUACGCUCUGUGUUCGGCUGUUCAAUGGCGCAUCAAAGACGAGCCACGGUUAAAAUGA